AUGAGUUUCAAGGCUGAAGCUAGAAUCUAUAACCCUCAAGAGAAGAAGCUUGAUUCUAAAACGAUAAGCUGUCACUUUAUAGGUUAUCUCACAAGGUCAAAGGAGCAUGAGGAGAAUGCCACUAGGAAUGAAGAUUUUAUUUUUGAAGAAGAAGGUGAUGUAGCUGUGAUUGAGAAUGUUGAACAAGAUGUUACACCCUUGAUUCCUUUAAGUGAAAUUGUAUUGGAAAAUCCUCAAUUUGAAGAACCAAUUGAACAACAAGAACAAGCUGUUGAGAAUCCUGAGCUGGAUGAUCCACAAGAACCUGUAUAA